AUGGUGAAAUUCGUGCCUUACAUGACCCCGAUACCCCCAGAGGAACUUGACGAGAAGGGACCGGGACAUCCAAAUUGGGACCCUGACCUCGAAUGUGCGAAGUUACGCGUCAUCAGCAUCAAGAAGCAAGAGGAAGAGCAAAUUGCCGAGAAGAAGAGAAACAAUGAAUACACGGAUGAGCCUGUGAUCGAGCCUCAGAAGCGGGCAUUGAAGCUCAUACCGAAGCAGGACCUUUUGCUUCCCAGUCGAUGGUUUGACACCGACGAGGACGCUGAGGCAUUCGUCAUCGCUGCCUGCAAAGGCAACAAUGCUGCAGUCGACGCUUUGGGACGAACGAGGACUUCGAAUGCGCUGCUUCAAUUCCUGCGCACUGUCUACGGACUCCGUGGCCAGCGAAAAGAGAACAAGGAAGAUGCAUCUCCACGCCUGAGCCUACAGGAACUUCGUGACCGACAUUGGCAAGCAGUCGUUGAGGAGUCUUCCUUUGCCCGAGACUUCAGCCCGCAUCUUGCCCGCCAUGUCACACUCAUGCUCUUGGGUGCAAACCGCCCCUUUAAGGAGCACGAGAAGUUUCUAGACGGAAGCACCGAUCUUCUAACUAUAAUCGACAGGCUGCUCCAGUGGUUUGAGCAGAACGAUGCCGCUGAGUUGGACGAGUUUGAUGCGCUGCACCCAGAGCCAAAGCAGCUGUACGCCAAACGCAAUGAGCACGAGGCAAAUGGGCGGGCAGAGGCAACUGGGCGGGCAGGGGCAAACACAGUGCUCGUAGAAGCCUUCGAGCUUCUCUUGCCAGAGUGCCAGCAAAGCGAUUCGAGACUCGCCCACCUAUUCCGCUCCCUCGGCCAGACCAAGACAUCGAUCUGUCGUUUCGACCAACCAACAGACGUCGAGGAGGCCAGAGACGCUGGACGGCGCUUCCCUGAGGAGUACAAGUGGACAUAUUGA